AGCUAGCUCGGUUUAGUGUUUAUUACAUACAAUUUUCAACACAAUUUAACACUCGAUACAGCCGAAACCAAAAGCUUACUUUGAAAAACUUCGACACGUUAGACUGAAAUAUGUUUCGGAGCGUUCGUUGUACGAUUUGUUUAUGGCCAGAUUUAUUAACGAUAGUUAGCUUUCCGAUGCUACCUUCAAGCUAAGGAGGCACAUUAUCUGGCUAAUUGACAGGUCCAGUAGGUAUUUACUGUCGGUAAACAUACCGUUAGUCCAGACGUGUGAGAUUUAUCACUUAAUGAAUUUCUUCUUUUCACUCAUUACCCGGAAUACCGACAACAACAAGUGGAUGUAUUGUUGAAUAGCUCUGCGAUGAUGGCGUACAACUUCCUACAAUAUGUAGCAGAGUAUUCAAGAAAGAAAAUUUAAAUCGGAGCCCCCGUCUUUCGCUUUUACCCUCCGACUCAAACACACGGAACUCCAGCGUAUAAGACUUACAGGACACCCACGGAGUCUACCAUGUCGGACCUGGACACCCUCGUAGUCACCUUUCAGACCCAGCUCUCAGAUGUGAUGGAGGCUGUGGUGAAGACGGCGAUGUUUGAGGUCACCAGGCUGGUGGAGGACGUGGUGUUGGUGGAGGUGAAGCGCAGGAGCCAGGAGGUGGAGUCCCUGAAGAUGCAGCUGAAAUGGACCGAGAGUAAAUUCAGUGACCAAGGGGCGAAAGACGAAGGAAAGACUGGGAAGUGUGUGGACUGUGCAAGAGAUGAUGUGGAGCUGUGCACUGACACUGUAGAGGAAAGGCCUGUAGAGCAGCAGGAUGACGUGCUGAUAAACUGUGGUGUGAAGAAAGAGGGCGAUGCUGUUGAAAGAUGGAUAACAAGCAGCAGACAGGAAGUCAUACCGGAGACACCACAGGAGGAAAACAAUCCUUUAGACACUCAGAGCCCAGAAAAGGAAUCACAGGCAAUUGAAGAAGAAGAUGAUGUGAUGCCAGCUAUUGAUAUGAAGAAGGAAGAAGUUAUUAAUCCAUCUUGCUCUUCUGUGAAUUUGGGAGGAUGGAGUGGUACGCUUGAUGGUGAAGAAGUAGCAGAAUCAGACCAUACUUCUGAGAUGGUUGAGGCACAACCAAUACAGACUCAAGAAAACAAUGAGGAAUUGUUAAGGACUGUCAUUAAGCAGGACCCACAGAUAUGUACUGCUUAUGGAUUCUCUGAAGACCAGCAGGCAUCACACAUUGCUACAGAUCAACCUCAUGUUUCAUCUUUGGAAAUGGACACCAGUUGGGCUGGCCUGACUGUCAAAGCAGCUGGAUUGCUGCAAAAUCACAGACUUGGAGCUGAAAAGGAACGGGAUUCAGUCAAAACUAAAGGCUCUCUGAAGCGUACAGAACACGAGCUGUCCGACUCUGUCAGAGCAGAUGUUCAGGUUACCCCAGGCAGAGAUCAGAUUUCAACCUCAGGAUCCCCUAAGGCAAGACUGCAGCACAGUGAUACUUUGGGAGUGACUAUCAAGGAAGAAGUUAUCAUCGAUUCUGAUGGGUGUGAGGAAAGUGAGCAUGUAGAAAAGAAACUGACAAAGUCUGGGAUGGCUUCUUUCUCCUGUUCAGUAAAGCAACACAGGGUGAGCUCAGAAGCACACAAACCAAACCACAUCUACCAUAAAGCCACUGUGCAGGAGGUUAUGAAGCUGCAUUCCAAAGUGGGUACGGGUCUCAGACUGCAAGCUGCUAUACAGCACCUCCACCGACCGAUGAAAAAGCCCCCUCACACACUUUUGAGUAAUACUACUGCAGCGCUGUCUGUAGCUCACUCUCAGGUUGUAAACCUAAAUAACCUCAACAGAAUUCCUUCCACAUCCAAAGCCGCUCCUCCUCCGACCCCCUCAGUCCAGCGAGUUCAUCUGGGCGACAAACAAACUUCAGCACUUAACCGAACUGGCGCUCCGUGGGUCAGCGUCAAAUCGCAGCAUCAGUCGGCGAACUCUCACCACGCCAACCCCGCCCCCCAUCCAGACUCUCACCCUCACGUGGGCCCCAGACACCUCCUGCGCUGUGGCCAGUGCGGGAAGUGCUUCCCCCACCCCAGCAACCUGAAGGCCCACCUGCAGACUCACACGGGCGAGCGGCCUUUCUGCUGUUCGCUCUGCGGGCGCAGCUUCACGAAGCUGAGCAACCUCAAAGCCCACCGACGCGUCCACACUGGAGAGAGACCGUACUGCUGCUUGGCCUGCGGCAAACGCUUCACCCAGAAAUGUAACCUGAAGCGCCACCAGAGGAUCCAUCUGGAUGUAUGAUGAUGGACAGCCAAUGGUCAAAAGAUAAAUUUGGUGUGUGUGUGUGUGUGUUUCUUAUAGGCUACAUCCACACUAAUACAUUUUCAUUUUAAGGUGCAUAAUGUUUACUACAUUGACGCCUCGUGUCCAUACUACUUGGCAUUUUAAGAGCUCUAAAACUGAGAGUUUCAGUUUAAAAACUCUGGGAUGUGUUGUAGCCUUGAACGAAGACAGACGGAGACUUACUAACAAUGAUGCAGUCACAAGGUUGAUUCUUCUGAUUCGUCUAAAGUAUCAAUAAGCGUUCACUGCUUUAUAUCGUGACAGUUUUCCAGAAGAAAACAAAAAAAUCUGCCUUGACUACCUGUGGUUAAUUCAACAUGUAUAACAAAUUGCAGGUGUUGCUUACCUUGUUGUCUUAUUCUAGCAACUGUUGUGCAGUUCAGAAAAUCGCUUCAUUUUUCGCCAGUGCUGUUCUUCCUCCGUAGUAUUUUUCUACAACUAAGCAACUUGUCGUUUACAUCGGCACCUGCAUGUCCAGUUUACGUGAACGGUCGUGUGAUACGCGGUUUCGGGAGUGUUAAUCUGAACAACACUCUCCUGGACAGAGAUCGUUUUCGUGGUAAAAACCCGGCUUUCAAAAUGAAAACGCGUCAGUGUGGAUGUGGCCUUUGAUUAAGACGCUACAGAGUUUACGUUGCAGUGCAGUACAAACCGUGUGACGCAUUGCAAAGACUGCUUCUGUGUACUUGUCUGUAAAAGUGUCAUCCCGAAUUCUUCUGUGCAUUCCAGAGAGGUUCAUCUAGUAAUUUAUGGAGGUGUUUUAGUGUUAUUAACAGACGAAAGGCGGUGUGUUGUUCAAUGUUUCAUGCGCAGAGGUAGAUGCAACUUGUACUCAAUAAAUGACUGUGAAUACUCUGA